AUGUCCAACCACGAUGAGCCCCCCUCCGAUGGCGCUCAUUCGGAAGAGCCGCAGAACGACGUCGUGCGCCGACCCUCGCUCAUGUCGUCGCGUACCAUGUCCGACUCGGACCGACGUCCCUCCCAGCACCACGUGCGAUUCUCGACCGAUCUGGAGCGACCGGUCGACGACCCUCCACGCCAGCCGAACUGGGACCGACGUCCCAACUCCCGCGGCCUGACUAUCGACACGGCGCUGGCGCCGCCCUCGGUCCCUCGUCCCGCCGCGCGGUCGCCGACCUCGCCUCUUUCACCUCCCACGGCCCCGAAUGCCACCCUCUCCCCCCUCUCCCCGACCAGUCCAGACUCGAACGGGCGGUCGCGGUCCCGAAACCGGGGAUACUCCCUGCGCCGCUCCAUCUUCAACAAAAAUAUCCAAACGCAGUCGGAUCAAGAUGACCUCUCGCCCGCGGAGCCCCCGGGCCAGAGCCCGACCAACCCACCGGAAGAAGGCGUAGCGGCUCCGGCCGCCGAGGUCUCAUGUUCGCUCGAUGAGAAGAACGAGCUGAGAGUGGCGCCGACGGCCACGCUCGAGUCCAACCCGAAGGAAGAACCCCCGACCUACGUCUCGUCCGACCCGUCGGAUCGACCCCUCAAGGAGUAUUAUAUGGCCGCGGCGCAGAAGCAAUGGAGCCGCAGGAAAGCCGCCACCGCGGUGCUGACAGCCCGCGUCGAUGCUCUUCUGACCACCCUGCAGAAGUUCAUUCUGCGCAUCAAAGACAUUCCCCCGACCAAGGACGGCCGCCACAUCGAUUUGAAUCCGUCGCGGGUGGAGACGUUGGUCGAUGAGCGCACCGGCAAACCCUACUGUGAAAAUUGGAUUCGCUCGAGCCGCUAUAGCUUCUGGAGUUUCUUCCCGCGCCAACUGUUUGCGCAAUUCACCAAACUGGCCAAUUUUUACUUCUUGGUGGUCGCCAUUCUUCAGAUGAUUCCCGGUCUAAGCACCACGGGUACCUUCACCACCCUCAUUCCGCUCUUGAUUUUCGUGGGUAUCUCGAUGGGUAAAGAAGGGUUCGAUGAUUGGCGCCGGUAUCGAUUGGACAAAGAAGAAAAUAACCGGUACGCCUGGGUGCUGCGACCCGGUCAAGCUCCAGUCACCGACGGUGCGUCCAUGGCAAGUGGCGCCCAUGACUGGGUGGAGAUCAAGUGGCAGGAUAUCCGCGUCGGCGAUGUCAUCAAACUCGAACGAGACCAGCCAGUGCCGGCGGAUUUUGCUCUGCUCCACGCCAAUGGUCCCAAUGGGGUCGCCUACAUCGAGACAAUGGCCCUUGACGGAGAGACCAAUCUGAAGAACAAACAGCCGUGCCAGCCAGUGGCCAAAGUGUGCUCCACCGUCGACGACAUCAUCAGCAAUGCGUUGCAUUUUGUCGUGGAAGAUCCCAACAUGGACCUCUACAAAUUCGACGGCCACGUCACCGUCAAUGCCCAGGAGAAGCUACCGCUUACCAACAACGAGAUUGUCUACCGUGGAAGUAUCCUCCGAAACACGGAUCGUGCUGUCGGCAUGGUUAUUUAUACGGGCGAAGAGUGCAAGAUCCGCAUGAACGCCAACAAAAACCCCCGAAUCAAGAAGCCCUCCUUGCAGGCCAAGGUCAACCACGUUGUCAUGCUGAUCGUGCUUCUGGUGGUCAUCUUGGCUGUCGCCUGCACUGUCGCCUACAAGUACUGGUCGCAAGACGUGGAACGGCGCUCAUGGUAUCUCACCGAUGCAAGCGUCAACUAUGGUCCUAUUUUUACCUCCUUCCUCAUUAUGUUCAAUACUAUGAUUCCCAUUUCACUCUACGUCAGUAUGGAGAUUGUCAAGGUGGUACAGAUGAUUCUUCUGAACGACAUUGACAUGUACGACCCGGAAACCGACACCCCCCUGGAAGCCCGCACCUCCACGAUCAAUGAGGAGCUUGGCCAAGUCAGCUACAUUUUCUCCGACAAGACCGGCACCCUGACCAACAACUCCAUGCGCUUCCGGAAAAUGAGCGUUGCGGGCACCGCCUGGUUGCACGACCUCGAUCUCCAGGCAGAGGCCGCCCUCGAAGGCGAGAAGCUCAUCCACAAAAAGCGAAACCUAAAGGGCAAGAAAGCUAUGAACCGGAAGUCAAAUGUCUCCGAGGCACGCAUGAGCGUUGCGCGCCCGUCGAACGUGUCUGCGGGUGCUGAUGCUCUGCGUCGCCUUGGUCGUGCUGCUCCUAGCCGGACCGCCGAGAUGCUCGAGUACAUCCAGCGCAAGCCUUACACCAUUUUUGCUCGCAAAGCGAAACUUUUCAUCCUUUCCAUCGCGCUCUGCCAUACCUCCGCCUCCCCGGACGAACUGGCUCUGGUCAUGGCUGCGCAGGAGUUGGGCUAUCUCGUAAUGGACCGCCAGCCGAACACACUCACCAUUCGCUCGUACCCGAAUGGCCCUGAUGAAGCCCCCUCUGAUGAAACCUACGAAAUUAUGGAUGUGAUUGAAUUCUCCAGUGCCCGGAAGCGCAUGUCGGUCGUUGUCCGCAUGCCUGAUUCCCGCAUCUGCCUGUUCUGCAAAGGCGCUGAUACCACACUCAUGCGCCUGCUGAAGAAGGCCGACCUGGCACAACAGAAGGCAGCUGAGAUUGAGCGUCGUGUCAGCAAGCGCAAGGCAGCCGAGGCGAACCAAGUCAUUCGCCGCAACAGCGAGUACCAUAGCCGGAAAGACAGCGGUGUUCGGAACAGCCUCAGUCGACCCAGCUUUACACGUCGCCGCUCGUCUGUUUCCGGGCACCAUGCGUCGACUUUGCGUGAAAGUAUCGAUGUUUGGUUGCGCGACCGCGAAACCGAUGGCGGGAUGCUCAAUCGUGAGGCUGACAGCGAAUACUACAGUCCCCGACCGUCUGCUCAGAUGGGUCGGAACUCGGCUGCUAUCUCGGAUUCUGGAAGCUCGACAAACGGCGAGGAUGACGAGGAUCUGGUCGAGGAGGCUCUUGUGGUGGACGAGGCGGCGAUUUUUGAACGUUGUUUCCAACAUUUGAACGACUUUGCCACCGAUGGACUGCGUACCUUGCUCUACGGCCAUCGCUUUAUUGACGAGACUACCUAUAAAUCGUGGAAGGCGGCCUACCAUGAGGCUAGCACUAGCAUUGUGGAUCGCCAGGAGAAGAUCGAGCAGGUUGGCGAGGAAAUCGAGCAGCAGCUGGAGCUGACGGGCGCUACUGCUAUUGAGGAUAAGCUGCAGAAGGGCGUCCCUGAGGCAAUUGAUAAGCUGCGUCGUGCGAACAUCAAGAUGUGGAUGUUGACUGGUGAUAAGCGUGAGACUGCUAUCAAUGUUGGCCAUUCCUGCCGGCUGGUCAAGGAUUACUCGACCCUCACGAUUCUGGACCAUGAGAAUGGGAAUGUCUACGAGACUAUCGUCCGUUUGACUGCGGAUCUUACUCGUAACCGUGUUGCCCACUCUGUUGUCGUCGUUGAUGGUCAGACCUUGGCCGAGAUUGAGGCCGAUGAUGUCGUUUGCGAACAUUUCUUCCAGCUUGCUAUUCUCGUGGACUCGGUCAUCUGCUGUCGGGCAAGCCCGAAGCAAAAGGCCUUCUUGGUGAAAUCCAUCCGUACCCAUGUGAACGAUUCCAUUACUCUCGCCAUCGGCGAUGGUGCCAAUGAUAUUGCCAUGAUCCAAGAGGCCCACGUCGGUAUUGGUAUCGCAGGGAAGGAGGGCCUCCAGGCUGCUCGUAUCUCUGACUACUCGAUUGGCCAAUUCCGCUUUCUGCUCAAGCUCCUCCUGGUCCACGGACGCUGGAAUUACAUGCGUGCAUGCAAAUAUACCCUCGGUACAUUCUGGAAGGAAAUGCUGUUUUAUUUGACGCAAGCCUUGUAUCAGCGCUGGAAUGGCUACACAGGCACCAGUCUCUACGAGUCUUGGAGUUUGAGUAUGUUCAAUACGCUCUUCACCUCGCUUGCUGUCAUCUUCCUGGGCAUCUUCACCAAAGAUCUCGCUGCAUCGACUCUCCUUGCGGUGCCAGAGCUCUACACUCGAGGCCAGCGGAACGGCGGCUUCAAUAUCCGCUUGUACCUGGGUUGGACCUUCAUGGCAACCUGCGAAGCUAUGAUCAUCUUCUUCACUAUGUAUGGCCUCUUCGGCAUGAUCCAUGUCAACCCAUCCGAUAUCGACACCUUCGCACUCGGCCUUCUCACUUUCUCUGCCUGCGUAACAGUUAUCAAUCUGAAGCUACAGGUCCUGGAAGUUCAUAACAAGACAUACGUCUCACUUGCUGUGGUCAUUAUUUCCGUGGGUGGCUGGUUCCUAUGGAACAUCAUCCUCUCUCAGCGCUACAAGCUUUCUUCUGGCAAAGGUGUCUACGACGUCCCCGAUAAUUUCCUCCACCACGCCGGCGACAACCUUCUCUUCUGGCUUGUGCUGCUGAUCUCCGUGGCGGCGGUCGUCCUCUUCGAGCUGACCGUCUCCACCCUUCGUGCCCUCUUCUUCCCCACCGACGUCGACAUUUUCCAAGAAUACGAGCAGGACCUAGAUAUUCGCAAGCGCUUCGAGGAAGCCGCUGCUGCCGAGCUGCAGCAGGGCUGGGACCGCGGCACCAAGAAGUCAAGCUUCGAGCUCGCGCGUGACCAGAUCGAAAUGGACGCCCGCGAGCGCCAGGUUCAAGAACUUCUCGCCCGGCCCCGCGUCAUGACCGACUCCAAGCCCGUCGCCCACGAAGUCGAGAUGGAGGGUUACUCGAGCGCAAGCGUGACCGCCAGCCACAGUGGGAGCUCUGCUCUCGACCAACACCGCGCCUCGGUCGCAGCGGCUGCAUCCCCUGCGGACCCGACCUCGCCAGCGGAAUCGUGCGUACCUCGUCGCUCGGUUGAGAUUCACGAGUUGUUCAGUAAGGGAUUCGGCGCUAUCCGGAAGGGGCAGCUGAAGUGA